AUGUUGAAUGGGACCAUUCCAAGAGAGAUUGGUAAUCUCUCUCUAGCAAAAGAGAUUGAUUUUUCUGAGAACUUCUUGUCAGGAGACAUACCAUUUGAGCUCAGUAAGAUAGCGGGGUUGCAGCUGCUUUAUCUUUUUGAGAACCAACUCACAGGUGUUAUUCCAGAUGAGCUCACAACCUUGACAAACCUGACUAGGCUCGACCUCUCUAUCAAUUUUCUCACUGGUUCAAUUCCUACUGGAUUCCAAUACAUGACUGAAUUGAUGAUGCUACAAUUGUUCCACAAUUUUCUGAGUGGCAUAAUUCCUCAAGGACUUGGAGUGUAUAGUCCACUCUGGGUGGUUGACUUAUCCGAAAACCUCCUAACAGGAAGAAUUCCUCGUCAUCUCUGCAGAAAUUCUAUUAUGAUCCUGUUAAAUUUGGAGUCUAACAGGCUCACUGGGAACAUACCAACUGAUAUCACAGGCUGUAAGUCAUUGGUACAGCUUCGUCUAGUUGGAAACAACCUUACAGGGACUUUUCCAUCUGAAAUGUGCAAACUCCCUAACCUUUCUACAGUUGAGUUGGGUCAGAACAAGUUCAGCGGUGCCAUUCCUCCAGAAAUUGGUAACUGCAGAACUUUGCAAAGGCUACACCUUUCAGGCAACUACUUUGCAUUUGAGUUGCCAAGAGAGAUUGGUAACCUCUCACAGUUGGUGACCUUUAAUGUCUCAUCAAAUUUACUCUCUGGAAGGGUACCACCUGAAAUUUUCAAUUGCAGAAUGCUUCAGCGACUUGAUCUUAGUAAUAACAACUUUUCGGAUGCCUUACCAAGUGAGAUAGGAACACUUUCUCAGUUGGAGCUUCUCAAGCUUUCUGAAAACAAUCUUUCUGGGAAUAUACCAGGUGCGGUGGGAAACCUCUUGCGUUUGACAGAGCUACAAAUGGGUGGCAACUCAUUUUCUGGCGUUAUCCCACCUGAGUUGGGUGCCCUUUCAAGCUUGCAGAUUGCAUUAAAUCUCAGUUAUAAUAACCUUUCUGGGGAGAUACCUCCUCAACUUGGAAACCUCAUUUUACUGGAAUUCCUUCUGCUUAAUAACAACAAUUUGACUGGUGAUAUUCCAGGUUCUUUUGAGAGUCUCAAAAGUCUACUUGGCUGCAACUUCUCAUUCAAUGGCUUGACGGGGCCAAUUCCUCGUUUAGCACUCUUUCAGAACAUGCCUGCUAACAGCUUUUUUGGGAACAAAGGUCUCUGUGGUGGACCUCUAGGUGACUGCGGAACACCACCAUCUUCACUCUCUUUUCCUCAAGAUAUGGUGAAGAAAAGUAGCCUCUUAGGUAAAAUUGUUGCUAUUAUUUCGGCAGCUAUUGGUGGUGUUUCUCUCAUUUUAAUUGUAGUCCUUAUAUAUGUCAUGAGACGUCCUGUAGACGUUGCUUCUUUGCAAGAAAAACCAUGCUCUUCUCCAGUUCUGGACACCUACUUUUCAUCAAAGGCAGGGUUCACUUUCCAAGACUUGGUUAUGGUGACUGAAAAUUUUGACGAAAGCUUUGAAAUUGGAAGAGGAGCUUGUGGAACCGUGUACAAAGCAGUCUUGCCAACUGGUCAUACAAUCGCUGUUAAGAAGGUUAUAUCCAACAGGGAGGGGAACAAUGUGGAUAAUAGUUUCCAUGCUGAAAUUCUUACUUUAGGAAAAAUCAGGCAUCGGAAUAUUGUAAAGCUGUAUGGUUUCUGCUACCACCAGGGUUCCAAUCUUCUGCUCUAUGAGUACAUGGAAAGGGGCAGCUUGGGUGAAUUGCUUCAUGGAACAUCUUGUAGUCUUGAUUGGAUAACCAGGUUCAUGAUUGCUCUUGGGGCUGCUCAGGGUCUCGCUUAUUUGCAUCAUGAUUGCAAACCUAUGAUCUUUCACCGUGACAUAAAGUCCAAUAACAUUCUUCUUGAUGAUAAGUUUGAAGCUCAUGUUGGAGAUUUUGGCCUGGCAAAGGUGAUUGACAUGCCACAAUCUAAGUCUAUGUCUGCAGUUGCAGGUUCUUAUGGAUAUAUAGCCCCUGAGUAUGCAUACACUUUGAAAGUCACAGAAAAAUGUGACAUCUACAGCUAUGGAGUGGUCCUUCUGGAGUUGCUGACUGGCAGAACACCUGUACAAUCAAUAGAUCAAGGGGGUGACCUGGUAACAUGGGUAAGAAAUUAUUUUCUGCACCAUUCAUUGUCGUCAGGAGUGUUCGAUGCUCGAUUAAAUUUAGAAGAUGAAGCCACUGUCUCUCACAUGAUCACUGUCUUGAAAAUUGCUUUGCUGUGCACAAGUAUGUCCCCCUCGGACCGCCCAACCAUGAGAGAAGUUGUUUCCAUGCUCAUUGGCUCCAAUGAGAGGGAAGCACACUUUGAUAAUGAUACCAAUUCCAGUGAUAUUGAAUCUCAUUUUGAUUAA